CUGCGUCGGCGUGUGCAGGUCACGAGCCAUGUGGCGCAGCGGUGUUCGGGCGCCUGGUGUUCUGGACCGGCUGAGGGGAGGCGCCGGCCUCGGAGCCCAGAGGAGGAGGGGCAGCACAGCCUGCGAGCGGGCACGGCGGCUCCGGGUGGGACAGCGGCUGCACGGCUUCACCGUAAGCCAGGUCACGGACAUCCCCGAACUGUGCCUGACGGCGGUGAAGCUUAGCCAUGACCGCACAGGAGCCAGAUACUUGCACUUGGCCCGAGAAGACACCAACAACUUGUUCAGCCUGCAGUUCCGCACCACGCCCUUGGACAGCACCGGCGUCCCCCACGUCCUGGAGCACACGGUCCUGUGCGGCUCCCGCAAGUACCCGUGCAGAGACCCCUUCUUCAAGAUGCUGAAUAGGUCCCUGUCCACCUUCAUGAACGCCUUCACAGCUAGCGAUUAUACUCUGUACCCGUUCUCCACACAAAACCCCAAGGACUUCCAGAAUCUCCUGUCUGUGUACUUGGAUGCAGCCUUUUUCCCCUGCCUGCGGGAACUAGAUUUCUGGCAGGAAGGAUGGCGACUGGAACAUGAGAAUCCGAGGGACCCCCAGACGCCCCUGACCUUCAAAGGAGUCGUCUUUAAUGAGAUGAAGGGAGCAUUUACGGAUAACGAGAGGAUAUUCUCGCAGCACCUUCAGAACCACCUCCUGCCUGACCACACGUACUCGGUGAUCUCCGGGGGCCACCCGCUGUGCAUCCCAGACCUCACGUGGGAGCAGCUCAAACAGUUCCACGCCACCCAUUACCACCCCAGUAACGCUAGGUUCUUCACGUACGGCAGUUUCCCGUUAGAACAGCAUCUGAAACAAAUUCAGGAAGAAGCACUGAGCAAAUUUGAGAAAAUUGAGCCAAAUACUGCAGUGCCCACUCAGAAGCCUUGGGAUAAGCCAAGAGAAUUCCAGAUAACGUGUGGCCCAGACUCCCUGGCUGCAGAUUCCUCCAAACAAACAACCGUCGGGGUCGGCUUCCUCUUACCAGACAUCACUGAUACGUUUGAAGCCUUCACGUUAAACCUUCUGUCCUCACUCUUGAUCAGCGGGCCCAACUCCCCCUUCUACAAAGCCUUAAUUGAGUCUGGACUUGGCACAGACUUCUCUCCGGAUGUUGGGUACAAUGGCGCCACCAGGGAGGCCUACUUCAGCGUGGGCCUGCAGGGGGUCGCGCAGCAGGAUGUCCAGGCCGUCCGGGACCUCAUCGACCGCACCAUCGAGGAUGUUCUCCAGAAAGGAUUUGAAGAUGACCAAAUUGAGGCUCUCCUGCAUAAAAUCGAAAUACAGAUGAAGCAUCAGUCCGUCAGCUUCGGACUCGCCCUGACGUCUUACAUCGCCCCCUGCUGGAACCACGACGGGGACCCGAUACAGCUCCUGCAGCUGGGGACCCAGGUGGCGCAGUUCCGCCAGCGCCUUGAGGAAAACCCAGACUUCCUGCGAGAAAAAGUCAGACAGUACUUCAAGGACAAUCCGCAUAAGCUGACUUUGUCAAUGAGAGCCGAUCACACGUAUUCCGAGAAACAAACACAGAAGGAGAUGGAAAAGCUAAAGCAAAAGGUCAACUCUCUUUCCCCGAAAGACAAGCAGCAGAUCUAUGAAAAAGGCCUGGAGUUACAGACUCAGCAGAGCCAAGCUCAGGACACAUGCUGCCUGCCUGCACUGAAGGUGUCAGACAUCGAGCCCACCAUCCCACUGACGCACCUGGAGGUGGCCCUGGCAGCCGGCGAGACCCCCGUGCAGUAUUGUGCGCAGCCCACCAACGGCGUGGUGUACUUCAGAGCCUUCUGUAGCCUGCACACCCUUCCCGAGGAGCUCCGGCCCUACGUGCCCCUCUUCUGCAGCGUCCUCACCAAGCUGGGCUGCGGCCUUCUGGACUACAGACAGCAGGCUCAGCAGAUCGAGCUGAAGACGGGGGGGAUGGCCGUGUCCCCGUACGUGCUCCCCGACAACUCGCACCUGGACACGUUCGAGCAGGGUGUGCUGUUUUCAUCUUUCUGCCUCGAUAGAAACCUGCCAGACAUGAUGCAGCUGUGGGGUGACAUAUUCAACAGCCCGUGCUUUGAAGAAGAGGAGCACUUCCGAGUGUUGGUGAAGAUGUCCGCUCAGGAGCUGUCCAACGGCGUGCCUGACUCGGGGCAUCUGUACGCGGCCGUCAGAGCCAGCCAGACCCUGACGCCGGCGGGGGGCCUGCAGGAGACCUUCAGCGGGAUGGACCAGGUGAGGCUCCUGAAGAGCAUCGCAGACAUGGCCGACGUGGGUUCCGUCCUCCGGAAGCUGCCUCACAUCAGGAAGCACGUGCUGCACCGAGACCACAUGAGGUGCUCCCUGAACGCUACGCCUCAGCAGCUGUCUCUGGCCGAGAAGGCGGUGGACAAGUUCGUUGGAAGCCUUGGUGGCGGUGAGGCGGGGCGCAAAGCUGAGCGCCCGCGCGUAGUGGAGAAGCCCGUCCCCAGUGCGUCUGGUGGAAGCACACACAUCGGCAGCCCCCGAGUCGUAAGGAAGCUGAUCACGGACCCUACCUUCAACCCGUACCAGAUGAAGACGCACUUCCUGCUCCCCUUCCCCGUGAACCACGUGGGCGAAUGCGUGAGGACCGCCCCCUACACAGACCCUGACCAUGCCAGUCUGAAGGUCCUCGCGCGCCUCAUGACCGCCAAGUUCUUGCACACGGAGAUCCGAGAGAAGGGUGGCGCGUACGGCGCGGGCGCCAGACUCGGCCGCGACGGGCUCUUCACGUUUUACUCGUACCGGGAUCCGCACUCGACAGAAACACUCCAGUCCUUUGCGAAGGCUGUCGACUGGGCUAAGGCUGGGCGAUUCACACAGCAGGACAUCGACGAGGCCAAGCUGUCCGUCUUCUCCGCCGUGGAUGCCCCCGUGGCCCCUUCAGACAGAGGGCUGGACCACUUCCUGUAUGGCCUCUCGGAUGAGCUGAAGCAGGCGCACCGGGAGCGGCUCUUUGCUGUCAGCCGCGAGGAUCUCGUCACCGUGAGUGACCAGUACCUGGGCGUUGGGAGGAGCACACGCAGCCUGGCCCUGCUCGGCCCCGAGAAUGCGAAAAUCGCCAAGGACCCGUCGUGGACCCUGAGAUAGUUUGUGCUGGGGCGCGGGCCGGGCAGGGAGGCCGGCGCCGCUGCUCUAACGGAGCCUGGGCUGAUUUAACUUGAAAGAUGAGGAAAGGUACUGUUUCCCCCCCCCACACACACACACGUGAUAAAAUGUAUCACUCUGUGUGGCUGGUCGGACUCAGCUCCUCAGUCUCAGAAGGGAACAGACGAUCCCGAGCAUGUAUUUGAUGCCACGAUGCACACAUUAUAGUUCUAAGAUUUUCUGAUGGGUCUAGAUGCUUAUUUUAACUAAAAUCAUGGAGUAUUUAUUUUAAACAUUUAAAAAAUAAAAAGCAUCUUUACCUAC